AUGCAGCUAUAUAAUAUGGUUUCAUAUCUGACUAACAAUCUUCCUAGCAUGGUACACAUCAUGGGCGCUACAUCUCUACAAGUCGUUGCCUGGUGCACUCCGAUGGUAGUAGGAGGUUUUGCCUUCCCUAUCAUGGUCGGAAUAUGUUUACACCUGGUUUCUGGAACUGUCCUACUUAUUAUUUCCGGAAUAGGCUGGAUAAUGGCUGGCCUCCUUUUCGCAAUAAUGCCUGAUGGUGCAAGCUACUGGGCUUACGCUUUCCCGGCAAUGAUUGGGGCCACACUAGGCAUCGAUGUCACAUUUAACAUCACCAACAUCUUCAUCACCACAAGCCAACCAAAGCAUCGUCAAGGUCUAGCCGGUGCUCUGAUAAACUCUGUUUUAUUCCUAAGCAUCGCGGUUCUACUUGGCUUCGCCGAUGUUGCCCAGGUGGCCACGCUGGACCAAGGCAGGAAAAAGAGUUACCGCGUUGUAUUCUGGUUCAAUACUGCAUGUGCAAGCGUUGCGCUGCUGAUUAUUGUUCUUUUUGUCAGAGUCAAUCCUGCAGCAAGCGAUUUGACGGUCGAUGAAAAGAAGAGACAGCAUGAGUUAAGCCAGAGACCGCCAAAUGCUCUAGAAACAUCCCUUCGAGGUGCAGGAGGGAACAGAUCUACCACAUCUGAAUCCGAAAAUCCGGCUCCAUCAUAA